AUCCCUUGCCCAAAAUAAACAGGAAAAAUAAAAAUGGAGUAUCAUUUCUCCUCCGAUUGGGCUAUCGAGUGGAUAUUUGAGAUCUCAAACGCUUCGUUCGUCACUCCCGAUCCCAAGCGAAACUCUAGAAUUCUUCAACUGUAAAGAAAUCGGAGGUUCCAAAUACUACCAGAUUGACUGAAGAAUGGGCAAGCAAUCAGGCGCGUUGAUUACAAUGCCGAAGAAGAGAUGGCCACUGAUGAUUCUUUUACUCUUUUCUCUUUCAACCGCUAUGGUCUUUCUCAUAAGAUCCAGUUCCAAAACUUGCAAUGUUACUGUUAAUGCUAGUACUAUUACAUCUACCACUACAAUUAGUCAUACUGCUGCACAUGUCAGCGGUGAUGGUGAACAUGAACAAGCAACAAAUCCUCUAAAUUUCAUGAAGUCGAAGCACGUUCUGUUGGUCUCCCACGAACUUUCUCUUUCAGGUGGGCCAUUGUUGUUGAUGGAGUUGGCGUUUUUGUUACGGGGAGUUGGGGCGGAAGUUGUUUGGAUAACUAACCAGAUGCCAACGGAACCUGAUGAAGUUAUUUACAGUUUAGAACACAAAAUGCUGGACCGUGGUGUUCAGGUUCUCUCUGCGAAGGGUCAAAAAGCCAUAGAUACAGCUCUUAAAGCUGAUUUGGUGGUUUUAAAUACAGCUGUGGCUGGAAAGUGGUUGGAUGCUGUUCUUAAGGAAAAAGUGUCCCAAGUUCUUCCAAAGGUUCUCUGGUGGAUUCAUGAAAUGCGAGGGCAUUAUUUCAAUCUAGAGUAUGUUAAGCACCUACCUUUUGUUGCAGGUGCUAUGAUUGAUUCACAUACAACAGCAGAAUACUGGAAGAAUAGGACUCGAGAGCGUUUAGGGAUUAGAAUGCCUAAAACAUAUGUUGUACACCUUGGAAACAGUAAGGAUCUGAUGGAAGUAGCUCAAGAUAGUAUUGCCAAAAGGGUUCUCCGCGAGCAUGUGCGGGAGUAUCUUGGUGUUCGAGAUGAAGAUCUACUGUUUGCCAUCAUAAAUAGUGUUUCACGGGGUAAAGGUCAAGAUUUAUUUCUUCACUCCUUUUAUGAAAGUCUGCAAUUAAUCCAAAAGAAGAAACUACAGGUGCCAUCAAUGCAUGCAGUAGUAGUAGGCAGUGACAUGAAUGCCCAGACAAAGUUUGAAACAGAGUUGCGCAACUUUGUCACAAAAAACAAAAUUCAGAAUCGUGUUCACUUUGUCAACAAAACCCUGACUGUAGCUCCGUAUCUGGCUUCUAUUGAUGUUCUUGUUCAGAACUCUCAGGCCCGGGGAGAGUGCUUUGGUAGGAUAACCAUUGAAGCGAUGGCUUUUCAGCUGCCCGUAUUGGGAACUGCAGCCGGAGGCACCAUGGAGAUUGUAGUGAAUGGAACGACAGGCUUCUUACAUCCAGUUGGUAAAGAAGGUGUGAAACCUCUUGCAAAUAACAUUGUGAAAUUAGCCACACAUAUAGAAAAGAGGUUGACAAUGGGAAAGAAAGGAUACGAGAGGGUGAAGGAGAGGUUCUUGGAACAGCACAUGUCGCAGAGAAUUGCUUUUGUACUGAAGGAAGUGCUGCAAUAUGCAAAGACCCACUCUCAUUCUUAAGUUUUUCUGGAACUUUAGCGUUCAGUUUAAGGUGUUUUAAGCUAGCUGAAAGUCACAGUGAAAAAUUUCAUUGUUGUUGAAGUCCAUCGUGUAAAAUAUGUUGCGGAAAUUUCGUACAGGAAACAUUGAGUUAUAAAAAAAAAAAAUCCUUUGUACAUUAUGUAGUGGGACUUUCGUAGAGAAACAUUGAUCAAUUUUACACUAGUCAUUUUGCUCCA